AUGCCGCCCGUCACAGAAGUACCGGCUGGAGUGCCUGUUUCCACUGCACCAUCCGUCACUACUGCUCCGCUCGGUUCCACAACAUCGACGACGGACUCAUCCGAUGUUUGUAAGGUCGGAAUGCGACUCCCACCUUUUUGGCCAGAGGACCCGGAGAUUUGGUUCUCACAGGUUGAGAGUUCGUUUGACGUGGCCGGCAUCAACACGGAUCUGACCAAGUACAAUUAUAUCGUCAGUCAGUUAGAUCGGCAAUAUGCGAAGGAGGUCAGGGAUGUUAUCACCAACCCACCGGCAACUGAUAGGUACAAAAAGCUGAAAAGUGAACUCAUCAGUAGGCUGAGCAACACGACCGAGAAACAAAUCCAGCAACUUCUGCACCAUGAAGAGCUGGGUGAGCGUAAGCCUUCGCAGUUUCUGCGUCACCUGCAGGCCUUGGCAGCGAAUCGUAUAUCGGACGACGUUUUACGCACUGUCCUCGCAGGUCACCCAGAUGCUUCUAUGGACAUUAUCGCUGACCUUGCUGACAGAGUCUACGAUAUCGGCCCACGCUGCGCUUGUUCAUCGCACGUCGCUUCCGCCAGCUCCGAGCAACCAGGCUCCAGUAAUGACGCCUUGGCGAGGGAGAUAGCUGCACUCAGGAGAGAGGUUCGCGACUUGAAGAUGGACCGUGGUGGGGGAAGAUCCCGCCCAAGGGAUCGUAGCCGCUCCAGGAGGCAGAGCCGUUCCAGCACCAGAUCCCAGUCCAGCUACAGAAAAUUUCCCGUCUGCUGGUACCAUUCCAGACAUGGGGAGAACGCUAGCAAGUGCUUGCAACCCUGCGACUACAACAAGUCGGGAAAUGCCACGGGCAGUCGGUAA